AAACAAUAAACUAACGCGUAACAUGCGCACACAUCUUUUUUUUCUUGCUUCUGAAUAAACAUUUCUCAUUUUCUUUCUUCUUCUCCUCCAUUUUUUUUCCCCUUGUUUUCUCCAUAUGUUUGUUCCUUAAUCCUCUAUCUUUAACCUUAAUUAGCACAUGUUUCAACCUCGUAAUACGUGAAAAAUUUACAAUAAACCAUUUGUCUAUAUAUCACCUUGUUCUUAGAUUUUUUUUUUUUUUUUUUUUUUAAUUUUUAGCUUUCCAAAACUUUCAUUUCCCACAAUAUUCAUUUCACUUGAGGAAGAAACACAAGCUCUAUCUGUCAUUUUUUCUUAGCUGAAAUCAAACAUAAUUUCGAGGAAUCCGAGGUUUUAUUGCAUCUUUUUUUUUAAUUGGAAUUUGAUGUUCAUGUUCAAGAACCCCACGUAGGAAUCCUGAACAUGUAUUGAUUUUUGAAAUCUAAAAAAGGGUUUUUGAGAUUGUGGGGUUGUUCAGAUUUGAUUGAAACUACAUUUUACAGCAUAAAAUUUCUAAAAAUAGAAACUUUUUUUUUUCUUUUCCAUAUUUUUGAUUGGAAUUUUCAGGUUGAAAUUUGUUGGAACCCCACAUAGAAAUCUUGAACAUGUGUUGAAUUCUGAAAUUUUCUUAGGAUUGUGGGGUUGAAUGAAACUACAUUUUACAAGGGAAAGUUUCUAAAAAAAGAAAGAAUUUUUUUUUUUAUCCAUUUUUGGAAACCAGAAAUGUUGUCUGUUUCAGCACCUUCAAGAACUCUUAGUUCUUUAGAAGAAAUGCUUGAGUCCCUCAAGCAAAGGGAUGAAAAUGAAAAGCCUAAAGAUUGCCCACCGGCAUUACCUUCCCGUCCCAAGUUAGCUUCAAGAACUAGACCUCCUUCUCCAAAAAGAACAAUGCCCAAUACCCCCGAAAAACGGGACAUUGAAAUGGACAAUGGUAAAAGAGAAGUGGUGUUUGGAGUCAAAAAGGGUAAAGAGAUUAUGGAUUCUAGUAGUGAGUCACCAUAUGUGAAUUCAACAUUUGAAAAGGGAUGUAGACAGAGAUUUUGGGAAAAAGAUGGUGUGAAGAUUGAUAACAGGUUUCCUUAUUCGCUUCCAAAGUUUCGGGAGGAUGAGUGGGAUGACAAUAUCAGUUAUUUUAUUGAGAAGAAGCUUCGUGUUUGGUGCCGUCUGAAAAGUAGACAGUGGGAACUAGGACAAGUGCAAUCAACUUCUGGAGACAAAGCUUCAGUAUUGCUUUCUGAUGGCAGUGUUGUGGCAGUGCCCGUUGGAGAGCUUUUACCUGCAAAUCCAGAUAUUCUUCAGCGUGUGGAUGAUCUCAUACAACUUUGUUAUCUUAAUGAGCCAUCAGCUGUUCACAACCUCCAACAGAGAUACGCUCAGGAUAGAAUAUAUACUAAGGCAGGGCCUGUUCUAAUAGCAGUCAAUCCCUUCAAAGAGACGGAAUUAUAUGGGAACGAACUUGUUACAGCUUACAGGCAGAAACUGUUGGAUAAUCCUCACAUUUAUUCUAUUGCUGAAACUGCCUACAGUCAAAUGAUGGAAGAUGAAAUAAAUCAAUCCAUCAUCAUAAGUGGGGAAAGUGGAUCUGGGAAGACGGAAACAGCAAAAUUUGCAAUUGGUUACUUGACUAUGAUUAAUGGAGGCAACAAUCAGAUAGAAAGUGAGCUGCUGCAGACAAGUUGCAUAUUGGAGGCUUUUGGGAAUGCCAAAACCCUCAGGACUAACAACUCCAGUCGAUUUGGAAAGUUGACUGAAAUUUAUUUUAGUGUAGAGGGAAGAAUUUGCGGUGCUAAUGUACAAACAUUUCUUCUUGAAAAGUCAAGAGUGGUUCAACUGGCUCGUGGAGAGAGGUCUUACCAUAUCUUUUACCAACUAUGUGCUGGGGCUCCUUCUGCUUUGAGAGAUAAACUUAAGCUGAAAGGUGCUUCAGAGUACAACUUUCUCAACCAGAGUGAUUCCUUGGUGAUCCAUGAUGUUGAUGAUGCAAAGAAGUUUCAUGUGCUUGUGAAAGCCCUGAACACGGUGGGGAUUCCUGAAAGAGACCAAGAGCAUGCUUUUCAGAUGGUAGCUGCAGUUCUAUGGCUGGGUAACAUAACGUUCCAAGCUAAUAGCAAUGGAAACAAUGUUGAAGUUGUGCAAAGUGAAGCCGUUAUAAAUGCUGCUAGCUUGAUGGGCUGUAGUGCCAAUGACCUCAUGCUCGCUUUAUCAACCAGGAGAAUGCAAGUUGGCAAGGAUAAGGUUGUCAAGAGUUUAACCAUGCAACAGGCAACUGAUACAAGAGAUACAUUGGCCAAGUUCAUCUAUGCAAACCUGUUUGACUGGAUAGUGGAUAAAAUUAAUAAAUCUCUUGCAAUGGGUGAAGAGAAGACUGGUAGAAUCAUAAAUAUCUUAGAUAUUUAUGGUUUUGAAUCAUUUGAGAGAAAUAGCUUUGAACAAUUCUGCAUAAACUAUGGAAAUGAGAGGCUCCAGCAGCAUUGUAACCGACAUCUGUUCAAACUUGAGCAAGAAGAAUAUGAAUUGAAUGGAAUUGAUUGGACAAAAGUAGAUUUUCAAGAUAACCAAGAGUGCUUGGAUCUUUUUGAGAAGAAACCCGCUGGGAUAAUAUCUUUAUUGGAUGAUGAAUCAAAUUUUCAUAAAGCGACUGACUUGACCUUUGCCGAUAAGCUUAGGCAGAACCUGAAAGCUAACCCUUGCUUCAGAGGAGAUAAAGAAGAAUUUGGCAUUCGCCAUUAUGCUCGAGAGGUUAUCUAUGACACAAGUGGCUUCUUGGAGAAGAAUAGAGAUGCAGUGCAUUCUGACAUUAUUCAACUACUCUCAUCAAGCAGUGAAGACUUACCCAAGUUGUUUGCCUCCUCUUUUGCUAAUCAGUCCAAGAAAACAGCAAGUCCAUCAAUCCAUAUUGAGAUGUCAGACUUUCAGAGGCAAACAGUUGCUACUAAAUUUAAGGAUCAGAUGUUCAAAUUGAUGCAGCAGUUGGAAAGUACUGUGCCACACUUCAUUUGUUGCAUAAAACCGAACAAUAAGCAGGUUCCUGGCAUGUACAAUAAUGAUCUCGUCUUUGAGCAGCUCAGAAGCUACGGUCUUCUUGAGGUUGUUAGGAUCUCUAGGUCUGGGUAUCCUACUAGGAUGACGCAUCAAGAAUUCUGUAAAAGGUACAGCGUCCUUCUUCCAGAAAACCAUGAAUGCAAAGAUCCAUUAAGCAUGUCAGUUUCCAUUCUGCGGCAGUUUGAUAUCCUUCCCGAAAUGUACCAAGUUGGGUAUACAAAGUUAUAUUUCCGGGCAGGACAGAUUGCUGUGCUGGAGGAUGUCAGGAAACAAGUUAUGCAAGGCAAUCUCGAGGUGCAGAAAUGCUACAGUGGUCAUCAUGCUCGUCAUCACUUCCAUGAGCUUGAAGGAGGAGUGAUCAUACUCCAAUCAUUUGUUCGUGGUGAAAUUGCUAGAAGGCAAUAUAAGGCUUCUCUGGAGUCGAAACGAAAAGUUGCUAACAAAGAAAAUGAUGAGCAGCUGCUGGCUGUUGUGCAGAUACAAUCAGCUAUUCGUUGCUGGCUGGCUCAGAGGCAUCUCAAUCAACUGCAGAAUUUGAAAAAGUUAAAUCAAGACAGAAAGACUUUGGAGGUGAAAGUUAAACCAUCCAGAAAGACUUCGGAGCAGGACUUGCCUGUAGAAACUUUACCUUCUGUUGUAGAAGACCUCGAAAGGCGGGUUAUGGUGGCUGAGGCAAACCUUGAAGAGAAGGAAAAGGAAAAUGCUGCCCUAAAGGAGCAUGUAAUUCAAUUGGAGUCCCGAUGGUCAGAUUAUGAGGUCAGGAUGAGGUCGAUGGAGGAGAUGUGGCAAAAGCAAGUGGCAUCAUUGCAGCAGGCAAGUUUAGCUGCAGCCAAGAAGAGUCUCCUUGUUGACAAUCCUGCCGGUCACCCUGGAAAACUCGAAGGUUCCCCAUCUCCUUGCGGCUAUGAAUCUGAAGAAACAAUAACAUCUAUGGGGACCCGCACUCCUGGGGGCAGCACUCCUAUAGAAUAUGCUAGCAGCGGUAAUAGAGAGAUUAAUGGCGGUUUAUGUGUAGUCAAUUACCUUAACAGGGAGUUUGAGCUACGAAAACAAAAUUUUGAUGACGAAGCCAUGGCGAUCACUCAGCUGAAGUCAGAGCAGUUACAUUCUACUAAUCCUGCAGAAGAUUUUCGAAGACUGAGACACAGGUUUGAGGAAUGGAAGAAAGACUACAAGGCUCGGUUAAAGGAGACAAAGGCGAAGGUAAACAAGCUUGGUUAUUCAGAAUCCGAGAAAACUCGUAGAAAUUGGUGGGGAAAGAAGAGCAAAAGAUAGCAACUUUAAAUAAUAAUUCUUCUUCGUCAUCAUUGUCAUUUUUGUGUGAAAAUGUAUAGCUGAACAUAAAUUAUACCCAACUAUGGGUACUUAGCGUAGCGGAAUUAGUGGAGACCUGGAAAAGUAGUGUGCUCCGAAAAGGAUCCACUCUGAUCCAUCUCCUUAGAUAGUUCAGUUCUGGUCCUGUUUGUGAAUAGCCUGUUGUAGACUGUUAGUUUCUGAACAUUGUAUUAUACAUAUAUGUUGGACUUAGUUCGACGAAAAUGGACUAGGAAUUUCCUAGUCCAGAGUGUGUUGCAGCAGUUGUGAUGGAUUGGUUGGAACUGUAGAAGAAUGAUUACUAGGUGUAAUUUUUUUUUUUUUUUUAACAACUCUAUAAGUGUUCAAACAUGAUUUCAUUUUGCUUAUUACAUAUAUAUUUCUGGGCUGGUGAUACAUGAUAUUAGAAGUUGUAGAAACAGUUCAGAGGUUUACUGUCCGCAUUAGCAAUUAGUUAGUCCAUUAAUUAGUUGAGUUAGUUAGAAAUAUUUCUAAUAGUUCAUUGGCGGGAAAGUUGGUUAGAGUUGGUUAUGAGCUGUUUUGUAGAAUUAGCUAUAAGUAGUUCAAGAUUCCACAAUUGUAAUCAUUCCUGGAUAUUACUUUGAUUCUUAAUACAAGAACUCUACUUUCUCUCUCA